AUGCAUAAAUCUUUGCCAGUGGAUUAUGAGUGGCUAGGAUCUAUCAGUAAUGGAACCAAGGUCUGCAAUCUUGGUAUGAGGUACUAUAUCGAUACCUUAUCUGGUUGGCACGUCAAGCUGAAUGCAAACCGAGUUGUAGUUGGUACUCUUCGUGGAUUUGACCAAUUUAUGAAUCUGGUAGUUGACAAUAUUGUAGAGGUUGUCGGCAAGGAACCGAAUGAUAUUGGAAUGGUGGUUAUCAGGGGUAACAGUGUAGUCAUGAUUGAGGUUCUAGAACCAGUUGGCAAAACUUGA